AUGCUGAGUAUUGUACUCAUUAGUUGAAAUCAAUUGUACGUAAAUUGAUUGAUUUUUAUAUACUAAGUACUGAUAUAGUUGAAAGCUACUUAUGAUGAUGUAUACGCUACAAUAAUAAUUGUACGGUGAUUGUAUCUGAAUUGAAAAAUUGUUUUGCACUAAUAAAUAAAAAAGAAAAACAAAAGGAAGUUCAAUCCUAUAUUUUGCUCCUUUUGAUUUAUUUUCAGGCCUAGUCAUUUGGAUCAUAAUUUUAUUCUUCCUGACGAGUAUGAAAACAAUGACCAAUAUCCAGAUGAAAAUUUAGUACGUAUAGCUACAUCAUUCGAUAUGGGCUGGACAACUCGAGGUACCGGACGAACAUACGACAGCCUCUCAGGCACUGCUGCUUUAAUCGGUCACUAUACCAAAAAAGUUAUAUCUUAUGUCACACUAAAUAGAAAGUGUAAAAAGUGUGACCUUGGCAGGUCACCUAGUGAUCAUGACUGUCGCUUGAAUUUUGAAGGAUCUGCCAAAGCUAUGGAACCUCAUGCAGCAGUCAAACUUGUUAAUGAAAAUAAAAUUUUAAAAGAAUGUAACAUUCAAGUUGGAAUUCUAAUAGCGGACAAUGAUAGCAGUUCCAUUAGUGCUGUACGCAAUGCUUGUAAACAUGAAGUGGUCAAACAGGCUGACAAAAACCAUACAAGCAAAGGAGUUACGAACGCGUUAUACAAAAUUAAAAAGAAUUUUAAAGAACUUACUGGGCCAGUAAUCAAAUAUUUACAGAGGUGCUUUAAUUUUUGUAUUUCGCAGAAUAUUGGAAACAGUACGACCAUGGCUGCUGCUAUUAGAAAUAUUCCAGACCAUUGUUUUAAUAGUCAUGAAAACUGUGGUGCUUCAAGUAAUGCUAAUGAAAGCUUGAAUUCUGUGAUAGCAAGUAAAGCUCCAAAAAGUAAAAUGUAUGGCAUGUCAGCAUCUGGUGAUGUGAGAGUAGCGUGUGCUAUCAACAAAAAGAAUGAUGGUGAGCAGUACCUUGUACGUUUAUCUGAAAAGUUAUGUUUAUCACCAGGCAAACAUACGAAAAAGUAUACUGCGAAAAAAGACGUAUAUUCUAAGAAAAAAUAUGCAACUGCGUCGACGCGUGCAUUUAAAAAGCGACGUUUAUUUUUAAGGAAACGUAAGACUGACUUGAGACAGAAAAAGGAGUUGUCAGAAGGAACAACCUAUGAAUCCAAUGUAGGACUACUUAAUUUAGAUGCAACUAUUGCUAUUGCAGAAAUAACCGAUGAUAAGCCAAUCGUUGUACUAUUUGAUUUGGAAACUGGUGGCCUCAGCAAGAGCGCGGAUAUUCUGCAAAUAGCUGCAAAAUGCCAAAACUUUACGUUUUCUGUGUAUGUAAAACCUAGUCAAAAAAUUAAUGAAGAAUCAAGUAUAGUUACUGGUUUACGGUAUGACGAUGGGAAUCUAACGUUACGUGGAAAAGUCCUUGAAACCGUUCCCUUACUGGACGCGAUGAUUGCAUUUUAUGAGUUUUUGUACUUGUUUCAAAAGAAAUGUAUACUGACAGCUCACAACUGCAAUUUUGAUUAUUCCCGGUUAUUGAAAGCGAUCAAAACUACAUUCAUGGAUAAAUAUUACCAAUCAGUUAUUUUAGGAUUUGCGGAUACAUUACCUUUGAUAAGAAAAUGUAAUACGAAGAAAGGUCGAGGUGAAAAUAAAUUGGAAACAGUUGCAAACAAUAUGGGUAUAGAUACAAGUCAAGCUCAUAAUGCUCUUGAUGACGUUGUGAUUUUAGAUAAAGUAUUAGAAAAUUUUAACAUAACCAAUGAUAGUAUAGUUAAAAAUGUUAUAACUUUAGUAGACAUUGAAAAAAAAGAGUUAUUUGCCAAAGAAUUACCUGGUGCCUUACAGGAAUUAAGUGCGUUAAACGAAUGCACGUCACUAACAAUGAGAAAAAGAAUUAUCGCUGCUGGUAUAAGUUAUAAGAAUAUUUCCGAAACGUAUGAAGAAGAGAAACUUGUAGGAUUAAAAAAAUUAUUUGGCAAAGAUGAAUCAGACCAGGUGACUGGUGUUGACGACGUGGAGGAGAUCGGUAAGGACUGGCGGCUCAAUGCCAGUUCGAGGGGAGGUGGUGGUUUCCCGCCGGAGGAACGCCGUUACGAAGGCGCGCAACCGAUGGAGGAGGACCGGAGGAACGCC